CCAUGUCGGACUACGAAAACGACGACGAGUGCUGGACGGCCCUGGAGGGCUUCCGGGUGAUGCUCACCUCGGUCAUUGACCCCUCGCGCAUCACGCCCUACCUGCGGCAGUGCAAGGUCCUGAACCCCGACGACGAGGAGCAGGUGCUCAGCGACCCCAGCCUGGUCAUCCGCAAGCGGAAGGCAGGCGUGCUCCUGGACAUCCUGCAGCGCACCGGCCACAAGGGCUACGUGGCCUUCCUGGAGAGCCUGGAGCUGUACUACCCGCAGCUGUACAAGAAGGUCACGGGCAAGGAGCCCGCCCGCGUCUUCUCCAUGAUCAUCGAUGCGUCCGGGGAGUCGGGCCUGACGCAGCUGCUGAUGACGGAGGUGAUGAAGCUGCAGAAGAAGGUGCAAGACCUGACGGUGCUGCUGCGCUCCAAGGACGACUUCAUCGAGGAGCUGCGCGUGAAGGACAGCCUGCUGCGCAAGCACCAGGAGCGCGUGCAGCGGCUCAGGGAGGAGUGCGACGCCGGCAGCCGCGAGCUCAAGCGCUGCAAGGACGAGAACUACGACCUGGCCAUGCGCCUGGCCCGCCAGAGCGAGGAGAAGGGCGCGGCGCUCAUGCGGAACCGUGACCUGCAGCUCGAGAUCGACCGGCUCAAGCACAGCCUCAUGAAGGCGGAGGACGACUGCACGGUGGAGCGCAAGCACACGCUCAAGCUCAGGCACGCCAUGGAGCAGCGGCCCAGCCAGGAGCUGCUCUGGGAGCUGCAGCAGGAGAAGGCCCAGCUGCAGGCGCGGCUGCAGGGCCUGGAGGCCUCCGUCCAGGAGGGGAAGCUGGGCAGGAGCAGCCCCUACAUACAGGUGCUGGAGGAGGACUGGCGGCAGGCGCUGCGCGACCAGCAGGAGCAGGCCAGCACCAUCUUCUCCCUGCGCAAGGACCUCCGCCAGGGCGAGGCCCUGCGCAUCCGGUGCAUGGAGGAGAAGGAGAUGUUCGAGCUGCAGUGCCUGGCCCUGCGCAAGGACUCCAAGAUGUACAAGGAGCGCAUCGAGGCCAUCCUGCAGCAGAUGGAGGAGGUGGCCAUCGAGCGGGACCAGGCCAUCGCCAUGCGGGAGGAGCUGCAUGCGCAGUACGCCCGGAGCCUGCAGGAGAAGGACGAGCUGCGCAAGCGGGUCCGGGAGCUGUGCGAGAAGGCGGACGAGCUGCAGCUGCAGCUGUUCCAGCGCGAGGCCCAGCUGCUGGCCACGGAGGGCCGGCUCAAGCGGCAGCAGCUGGAGACGCUUGUCCUGAGCUCUGACCUGGAGGACGGCUCACCCCGGAACUCGCAGGAGCUCUCGCUCCCCCAGGACCUGGAGGAGGACGCCCCGCUCUCGGACAAAGGCCUGGCCGACGGGGAGCGCCUGGAGCAGCCCUCUGCGGCCCUGCAGAAGGAACGCCUUUCGCUGACACCCAAUGACACAGGCCUGACCAGCGGCGAGCCCCCAGAGAAGGAGCGCCGGCGCCUCAAGGAGAGUUUCGAGAACUACCGCAGGAAGCGCGCCCUCAGGAAGAUGAAGAACAGCUGCAGACAGGGCGAGGCGGACCGCGACAACAGCUCGGGCAGCGACAACACCGACGCGGAGGGCUGCUAGCGGGCGUCAGAGCCA